AACUGACAAAUCUUUCUUGAUAAUAACUAUAGCUGUUAAAGACCUGUCCUAAUCAGGAACCAGUGCUCCAACCAGAAGUUUUCCUGAUUCAAAAGCCUUUUUACUCCCCAAUCCCCCACACCUGGCUUAACCCAACGUUAAACUCCACCAACUACUGACUGACUGUUCAGCCGUACUGUCCUGUUUGACCCCCAAUGAUCCACCCCCUGCAGAAUUCCUCCCUCUCAUGAAAUCCAUAAAACAGGAGCCCAUAGACGACAGCUCCAAAAUCUCCAAAAUCUCCAAACAACGACAACGACAACCGAUCUCGUGUAAUUUAUGUCGAACCAUUAAACGGAAAUGUGAUGGUAAAUCUCCCUGUUCCAACUGUAUUAGGAAACUGAAACAAUGCAUAUAUCCAUCGGUAGAUAAGCGUCGCAAUCGGUAUUCAACUGAAUACAUUCAGACGUUAGAAGACGGCUAUAAACGGUACCGAGAUACGCUUCAGGAUCUUGUAGAUAACCGAGGAGAUCUUGUGACGGUAGCCAGUCGGUUGAAUGAGUUGUCGGACUUGAUAGCCGUUAAGACUGAGGCAGCGGCAUCAGCUUCAGCUUCUGCUUCAGCUUCAGUAGUUCCACCACCACCACAUCCACAGCCAACAAGUACCGGUGCUAGUCUUGUUAGUGUGUAUGGCCCCAGCAGUAUCUAUAACGAAUCGCUAUCACUAACCUCCUCCAACACAGCAGCCACCACUACUUCGUCAUCUCCGUCGUCGCUCAAUUCUCCAUCAACCAACUCAGAACCCAACCCCCUUCAUCCGCAAGUGCUCACAUCGUCGCGAGUUCAAGAACUCAUCGCCACAUCGUUCAAGUUCCUCGAUAUGCGAUUCCUCUCAUUCAUCAUCUACGACUCCAAAUCUUACGAAGUGUAUAGACGCUUGUGUCAUAUCUGGCAUUCGGAAAAGUCCUUUGAUAAGUUCAAUAGCGUGUUAUACUCGUACCCCACCAAUCAGUUCAUAUCUCCGGAAUUAAUCUAUGGCUUUUGUCUCUUUGGUGCUACGAUCUUAAACAGUGUUAAUGAAGCCAAUUAUUACUAUGAAUUACUGAAGAAACUUUGUUUCUGUGACUCGUAUCUGAUAGGUAUACCUAUGGCCAAUAACUCUCCGGCCUCUCCCGUAUCUUCAUCAUCCAAUGAUUCAUUAAUAGGGUAUAAAUUCUCCUUUGAAGCCUCAUCUUUUCCCCGGAUCCAAUCCCUAGUCAUCCUUGCUAUUCAUGAUUUAGGGAAGGGGAAUUUGACCACCUCUUGGCAAUUGACUGGCCUAGCAUUUCGAAUGGGCUCGGAUGUAGGCUUUGAUAAUUCCUUUAAGGUGCUAGAUAAUGAAGAACUUGGUAAACUAAAGAAUAAGUUAUACUGGGGAUGCUUUAUCAUCGAUGCAUUCCUUGGCAUAAUCUAUGGCCGCAAUAAGAUGAUGACCUUCCAGAGAGACUAUCCGGUGUUCCGGAACGAUGUCAACAAUAAGAAUUUGGCUAGAAUAGUCGAUGUCUGUGUGUUUUGUGAACAGAUGUUCCCAGUCAUAUACCAUUCCAUGCCGUUCCUCAACUUUGAAGACUCCAAGCGCAACUUUCUCCAAAAGUUCGAUAAGGUCAAACAGUUCAAUUCUCAAUUACUCAAUUGGCGACGCAACUUGGACCCUGAGUAUUAUUGGGAUAUGGAGAUCAUCCAUCAGGCGGCUCAAACAGGUCAGAAGGAUUUCGGAUUACCCUUAGUGUUCUAUGUGGUAAUCCUUAUUCUCAAUAAACCCUUCUUAAACAUCACCAAGAAUUCCGACUUGUCGCUUAUCACCAAUUGUAUUGAUGAGUUUGAAUUGAUACUACGUCAAUUCAAAGACUUUGAUAGCCAUCAAAGUGUCAUCUCCAUCUAUACUAUUAUCCUUAUGGCCAAUACCCUCUUUGCUAUCUUGAAUCAAUUCCAAUCAGUCGAUGAUAGAGCCAGGCUUAUAGGACAAAUCCAAUACUUUAUAGGAGCUCUAAAGAAGUUUGAUGCUAAUACUUGGAUAGUAGUUAAGACUCCUAUCGAAGUGUUAUCGGCUAGAAUGGAUCGGUUGAUUAGUGACGAAAGAAAUCGACAACAUCAACCGUAUGAUAAGAGAUCGCCUACGACUCCCAUCAUAGAGAAUUUGGUGCAUCCUCCACCACCAGCCAUGAU